UAAAACUACAUGACGUCAGCAACCAGGAAGUACAGUACUCGCCUGCACUCAAAAUGGAAACAGUUGUGCCAAAGUAGGAUUAUAUUCCGCAGAUUUCAUCCUAAAUCUCCUGAAAUUGCGCUUUUCUUUCAUUUUCUAGUGCAACUUAUCAAUCAGUUGCUUAUAUAAACGCAGACGUUAAGGGGUAAAUCGUAUUAAGCGGAUAUAUGUGACGAAAGUAGCAGAUACUGUCGGAUGUAACGUCUGUUUGUUUUGCCUUUACAGUACCUGGCAUUAGUGAUCGACAUAUAAACUGGUAUUUAGAUUUUCUUUUUUUAAAGUUUACACCAGAGAUAAGCAAAAUGAGGAGAGGUGUAGGUGCGGGAGCUAUCGCUAAAAAGAAGCUGGCAGAGGCCAAAUAUAAGGAAAGAGGAACUGUUCUUGCAGAGGACCAGAUUGUUCAAUAAGAGUCAAACUAAGCCUUGUGUGCCCUCUUGAGAUCUACAAUCAGCACUAUAACAACCUGCUGACAGACUGUGAGCCUUUUAGGUACUCCGUGGACCAUUGUAUAUAAUAUCCAAAGAGUGAUGCAUAAAGGAGAUCCAUGCAUUUACCUUGUCUGAUGUCAAAGCAGCUGGAAACUUUCAAGUCAAACUUGGAGGAGUUUGCCAGCAAACAUAAACAAGAAAUCAGGAAGAACUCCCAGUUCAGGGUUCAGUUUCAGGAAAUGUGUGCCACCAUCGGAGUGGACCCGCUGGCCUCUGGAAAAGGUUUUUGGUCUGAGAUGCUCGGUGUUGGUGAUUUCUAUUAUGAGCUCGGAGUUCAGAUUAUUGAAGUGUGCCUCGCUCUGAAACACAGAAAUGGAGGGCUGAUUACUUUGGAUGAACUCCAUCAGAGAGUUCUCAAGGGAAGAGGGAAAUAUGCUCAGGAUGUGAGCCAAGAUGACUUAGUGAGAGCCAUAAAGAAACUAAAGGUGAUGGGGAACGGCUUUGGGAUGAUUCCUGUCGGUGGAUCUUACCUGGUUCAGUCGGUCCCAGCAGAGCUCAACAUGGACCACACUGUUGUUCUGCAGCUGGCUGAGAAAAAGGGCUACGUCACAGUGAGUGAAAUUAAGGACAGCCUGAAAUGGGAGAAGGAGCGAGCCUGUCAUGUCCUGGAUCACCUGCUGAAAGAAGGCCUGGCCUGGCUUGACUCUCAGGCGUCCGGUGAGCCUCAGUACUGGCUGCCCGCUCUCUUCUCUGAGCUCACCUCCCGUGAUGUCACACCCGAGGAGGCCAAUCAGAUGACGCCUUAAGAAACGGUGACAGCUUUAGAGACUUGUUGGUAAACAAAAUGUGCCUGGAGACGGCUCAUGUGAUGGAGUUGGCUGCUUCUCUGGGGCUGGCAGGACGGGUGGAUCUCCACUGAGGUCAUUUUCUGGACACAAGGAGGAAAAACGCUCCUCAACGGCUCCUCUGUGAC